AUGAACUGGGUUUACAAGUGGGUGCAGUUGCACAAUGGGGAAUGGUGUAAGGCCAGUGUGGUUCCUCUGAACGCCGCUCUCCCUGAGUGGGGGAAGGAACCUUUUGUUGCUGACUGUCCCGUGGAGCUUGCUGCUAAAGAAAAGCAAGAAACUGUCAGGGUCGUCUGUCCGCAAGAAUUUCUGUCAGCUCCUGACUGGCAGCUGGUCCAGAGCAAGCCGGGUCGGCUCCUGGAAGAGAUUCUGCCGGAAGGCAUGUGGACGCGAAGUUUUGGCUGGCAUGCUGAAACGCGAGAAGCUGCUGUGAUAGGGUUUCUUAAAGUCCCGCCCUCACAGACCGCUGAGGUUUUGGCGCUCUCCGGGGAAAGAGGGGUCUUCUUUGCUUUGGGACGCCCGAAGGCUGGAACGCCUGCUCAGAGCGUUCGCUGGUUGCCCAGGGAUGAUAAGGUGAAGCCCGGCACUUAUCUGCAGACAGCCAAGAAGCAUGCUGAAGCUGCUAGUACCUCUCUGACUUUUCGCAGGGGAGGGCGCGCGAGCCUGGGUUUGGUAGGUGUGGCAGUGCCGGAAACUGCUGCUGAAGGGCUCAGGAAGCGCUGGGCGGCUCGCCAAGUUCCUAAACACUGGACGCCUGCCCAGUUCCAGCGUAUGUUGGAGUUGCACCAAUGGCGGGUCCCUAAAGACAUCCAACCGCCGGCUCGGCCUGGGGGUGUCUGGACUUUCGCUGCGGUUCGCCCAGAGUCGUGUAAAGAGGAUUGCUUUAUCCUUGCUUUGGAGGAAGGGCGGCCCUUGACCAUCGCCCCAUGGAAAAAGACGGGAAACGACCGCCUUCGGAGGCUCGUGCCACUGAAGAAGAGAAGGGCACUGCUGAGGAUCCUGAUGCCGGGCCCGCACGGAGUACCUGUCCAGGACUAUGGUAGUAAUGGCGGUGACUGUGGCCUCCGCUGUUUAGCGGCCACGCAAGCAUUGCGCAACGGGAUCCCCGCUGAUCAAGUGCAGGCCAAGAUUGCCAAGCUUGCUCAAAGUCUUCGAGUCAAAGUUCACCUGUGGCUUCAGGAAAACAAAGGCUGGAGGGAUGCAUGGAGUGCAGAUCCGGACAGCACGGAAAGCACUGAAGGCGGCCCAUGUCCGAACUCCGCCGCCGGUUACCUUGACAGUGUUGCUCGUCCCACCAAGUGGGUGGACCACUACAUGUGCAUGGCGGCUUCUAGAGUGCUGCUGUGUGAUAUUGUGGUUUGGAAGUUUGUUGCCAACCAAUGGAAGUUUAUGGCACGUAUACAGCCACCGUCAGCCUCCAAGGGACCUCCCGUGUGCCUGUUUCUUCGACAUGGACACUUCACCACCUUGCCGUCAGGAGUUAAGAUGCCACCGAGCUGGAAGGAUUUCGAACCAACUGCCGAUGAGGUUGUCGUGUCCUUUCAUGGUGGAGGAAGGAAAGGAUGUCGCUCGACCAAGUCAUGUGAACCUGCAGACGACUCUCGAUCCUCGAACCUUUCGGCCUGGCUCAGACCGGUGAAGAGGGACCGUUUGGUUCCUGAAGAUGCCCCGGGCAGUUUUGCACCGCAAGGUUCUGACAAUGCGUCAGAAGAGAAUUUUUCACACUGGCUGCGGCCGGUAGGCCCUGCCUGUGACAAGGCCCGGGCCACAGCGGCUGCUUCGUCUAAGAACACGGAUCGGGGCAGCCAGGCUGCCUUAACGGCAUGGCUUAGGCCCGUUGCCAAGGAUGCGGUCAAUGUCUAG